AGACAGACCUGGCAACCCAGGAGUUUCCGUCCCUCGCUUGUCACACAACCAACAUCACCUUGAAAUGAGAGACGUCAGGAGUCGUGUAUCCCAGCCAAACAAAGCAACUAUAUUAGACAAGGAGCUGUGACUGCGCUAACUAGGACGUGGCUAAUUGGACUGUUCCUGAUCGGUCCGGGGAAACCAGCUUGGAUCCAUUCACCAGAGGCCCCUGAUGAUGACGAUAACUUGAGCCUAAAGCUUUGGUUUGUUGGACCCUAGUCUGCUUCCUCCUGCUAGCAGGCCGCUCUAAGCCGCCUGAUUGGAGGGGCUCCACGGGUGCUCUCUCCCGAUUAGCCAGCAGACAGCUGGUCUUCAUAUGGCGCAGACGGAAGACCAAGCUAGCUCUGACUGAAAUUAGCAGCUCUCUUGCUGCUGGCAACAGAAGCGUUUCCUCAACAACUAUCUCCAACAACCCUGCUUUGUAUCAGCACCAGCCCCUUCACCCCAUCAAUCAGCCUUCUGAAGGUCGCCAACAUGUCCCGCGAUCUGUAUUACCCCCAUUCCCCUGAGAGCCAGGAUUCUCCACAGCGCCCCUACCAACCUGCAAGUUCCCAUGUAGGUCCUGAAAAUGUUGGUGAGCCUUCUCACAUGGUCUCACCUGGUUCUACCCAUGCAUCUUAUAGAGUCUACGCCGGUACCUCUAUGAAUCCCAGCCACAUAUACCCGUCGAUGCACCCUGGGUCUAUGGGCUAUAUCCCUGUUCAGAGUAAGCCAACCACUGAAUUGGAGACUUCCAUUGAUGUCCACAUCACAAGAACCCGACAGGAAGCGGGCCUCCAAUCGAUGUUAAUGAAUCCGUUGCCAGACCAGAAUACUCAUACAACAGCUUGGCCUCUGGGAUCUCUGGAUUUGGCGCCCACUGGCUAUAGAUCAUCACUGCCCAUCUCCGAUGGACAGUUUUCUAGAUAUUCGGAAACGAUGCCAAGUGGUGCCCCAAAUUGGCAUUGGCCUUCGGGCCAACAAACAAGCAAUUAUCACUCCACUAAAUUCUCUCCCACUGCAACAAACGUUCCCCCAUCACAUUACUCCCAAUCUUCUGAGCGAUAUCCAGUCGCCCGUCAUUCAAGUGGCGAUGAAUAUGUUAGCAACAACAGGUCUUCUACUGCAGGAGCAGAUUCUGCACCGUCUCCUCGAUCGUCACUGGCCUAUGAGCAUCCUUCCACCUCCGGAGAGGCUGAUAACAACCAGACCAGAUUCACCUGUGAAUCAGCCAUGGACAUCCUCAAACGCUUUGACCUUCAGGAAGAAGACUUGGAGGAUCUCUGUGCGUACUCAGAAGACCAGCUCUCUCCCACCAACCUACCCUUCCUGCUGCGAGACAUCCGCCAAAAGAAGGCAAAAAACUCAUCGGCUGCCUCUCAGUCAAGCACGGGCCACCAGGCUCAAGGCAGCCAGCGUGCCCCAGAAACCAGGGUGGCGUCCGGGGCCGAAGUAAAGCGUGAGGCGCAAGCUCCUCCUACCUUUCAGCAGCCAAGUAAAGUGAUUGAAUACGGACAUACAAGUACAUAUUCCUUAGGCUUCUGUGAAGAAGAAAAGGAUGGAGGACACCGCAGCAGCAGUUACAUGAGCCAAAUGCGGGACACUCAACCAAUGGAUGCAUCACCAGCCAAACCCGGUGUUCCGGCGUUCUCCAAUGGCUCACAGAGAUCCAACUUCUCUUCUGCUGUUUACAGUCAUUUACCAAACCUGAAGGCUUCCCUGAGCCAUAGGCCAGCCACCCAGUUGAUCCAGACUUCCAUCGCUUCCCCAAAGAAGGAACCUAUUGCGCUGCAGCCAGCAGCACCUGAUGCUAAACCUACUGCCACCAAAUUCAUACCUAAGAGGGAUUCCGAUGCCGAUCGUAUGGCGUCUUCAGGAUGUCAAAAAGCAGCUCUGGGAGCCGGAAUUACCAUUCACAGACCAGCUCCAGAUACUGGAACUAAGAGUGAAAGUCCAGCACCAGGUACAGGAACAACAAGCCAAAGGCCAGCUCCAGGCCCCAGAAGUACCAGUCACAGUCCCGCUCCAGGCGUUGGAACUACCAUUCAAAAACCAGCACCAGGCAUAGGAACUUUCAGUCACAAACCCGCUCCAGGACCUGGGAAUACAAGUCAGAGACCAGCUCCAGCCACCGAUCCAGGGCCAGUUCCCAUCCCCAGGUCCAUCCCUACGAACCAGGGGCCCAUCCCUACGAACCAGGGGCCCCCUCCAGCAUCUGAUGAAUCCAUCCAGAGAGAUCCGCCAGUCAAGCCAGCCGACGAGAGAGUGCCGACGGCGGCCAUGAUCAGCGACUACAUGGGUGUCAAACCUGAUUUUUACCCCCACACCUGUAGUAUCUGUAACAAACCCUGUUUUGGCAUGAAGGGCUGGCUGGAACACAGGAAUCACAUAGUCCACCUUGCCCGUUGCAGAAUUCUACGCAGGCAGUAUUCUGAAUGGGAGCCUGAUACAGUUUCACUUGAGUAUUCUGAAUGGGAGCCGGAUACAGUUUCACUUGACUCAGCCCCUGAAGAAUCCCAGCAGCCCCCCACGACAACCGCAGUCCCCGCCUCCUCCCUGAGUUCCAGGCCCAGUCUACAGGCAACCAGCCAUGGAGGUCCUGCCCCAUCAAACUCUGCCCCUCCCUUGCCGAGGAGGACUGUGGAAGCACUCAUGUCUUUGACUAUACAGAGGAAGAGUUCAUGGUCAAAGUCUUCAGGAGGGAAAGGAUCAAGGUCUCCACAGACAAAGGGGUCAAGGUCUCCACGGAAGAAGAGGUCAAGGUCUCCACGGACGAAGAGGUCCAGGUCUCCACGGAGGAAGAGGUCAAGGUCAAAGUCUUCAGGAAGGAAGCGGUCGAGUUCAAGAAAGAGGUUCACGUCGCCAGAGAGUUUGUGGCACCCAGAUUGGAAGCGAACCAGCGGUAAUGCUAGCUCACCCUGUAGCUUCAGACCUAUCCACAGCCGUAGAAGCCGGUCCCGUUCCUCGUCAAGCUCCUCCCCCAGCUCAGACCGUAACCGUGGCAAAAGGUCGUCCUCACCAGCCAGGAGAUCUAAGCGAAGCUCUCGGUCCCCACGAAGGGGUCGGAGAACGCGAUCACCCCGACAUGCACGUGGUACCAGACCCAACCGCAGGUCCCGUUCUGGGUCUCGAUCCCCGCACCCCUCCUCUAAGCGAAGACGGUCGCGCAGUCACGAUGGGAGGUCUUCGGGUCGCAGACAAGAGGAGACCAGCGAAGAACAGCUGGCCAAGAAACUACUGGAAUCCUCUGGUGUCCAGAGCUUCACUGGCUCCUCCAGUCUAGAGCUUGUGGUCCAGUCUCUGGCCCCAGUGCUGCUGGCAGAGCUGGCCAAGCUGAAGGCCGCUUCAUCAUCAUCCUCUGAUUCAUCUAAAGAUCAAAAAAAGCCAUCCUCUUCCUCCUCAUCUAGUGAUGAACAGAAGCCGUCAUCCUCCUCAUCUAGAGACGAGAAGAAGCCAUCCUCCUAUUCCUCAUCUAGAGAUGAACAGAAGCCGUCAUCCUCCUCAUCUAGAGACAAGAAGCCAUCCUCUUCCUCAUCUAGAGAUGAACACAAGCCAUCAUCCUCAUCAUCGACAGACGAGAAGAAGCCAUCCUCCUCUUCCUCAUCUAGAGAUGAACAGAAGCCGUCAUCCUCCUCAUCUAGAGACAAGAAGCCAUCCUCUUCCUCAUCUAGAGAUGAACACAAGCCAUCAUCCUCAUCAUCGACAGACGAGAAGAAGCCAUCCUCCUCUUCCUCAUCUAGAGAUAAACAGAAGCAGGCAUCCACUUCUUUGACCAAAGGAGGAAAUGAACCACCAUUGUCCUCUUCCUCUGUUCAGGGAACCAAGAAGGUGCUGGUUAAGAAGAGUGUACCAAUUAAAUCUACAAAACCUCCAGGGUCGGGUCUCCUGGGCUUCGUACCGGCCCACCCUCCCCUGCUCCUGUCUGGGCUUCCCUCCAAGGUCACCCAGCAGCAGGUGUUCUGCGCUGUGGAGAAGUUCGGGAAAAGCAGACUCAUUUCUGUGGCGCAACAGCGACAAGUGGCAACGGUGUACUUUCUACAAGAAGCUGCCGCUCAUGCCUUGCUCGGCUUUACGGAGCUGAAGAUUGGUGGAAAUCCAAUCACUGUGACACAGAUAGUGGUACCUGGGACAACAACAAGGCCAUACCUUCUUCCGACCCCGGGCUCUUCUGUCCAAGUACAAAGCUCUUCCGCAAUGGCCAUCAAUGUUGUGGCAGAACCUUCCUCAAGUUCCGUGCAAUGCAACAAGACGACCGCGCCCGGUAACAAUACGACCACCACCGGUACCAAAGGGACCACGCCUGGCAACAAGAAGGCCACACCUGGCAACGCGACUACCACGCCUGGCAACAAGACAACCACGCCUGGCAACAAGACAACCACGCCUGGCAACAAGAAAACCACGCCUGGCAAAAAGACAACCAUGCACGCCAACAAGAUGCCUACGCCCAGCAAGUCAACAACCACGCCUGACAACAAGGUGACCACACCCGGCAACAACGCAGCCACGCCUGGUAAAAACACUGCCCUGCCUGGCAAAGCUCAAAUUAUACCUGCCAAUGAGACCGCAACCCCUGGAAACACAACAGCCACGCCUGUCAAGAACACUACCAUGCCAGGCAAUGCAACAACCUUGCCAGACAACAAGACGACCGCACCCGGCAACAAGACGGCUAUUCUCUGCAAAAAGACAUCCAUGCCUAGCAGCACAACAACUAUGCCUGGCAGCACAUCAACGCCCGGCAACAAGAUGACCACACCCGGCAACAAGACUGCCACGCCUGGGAAAAAGGCGGCCACGCCUGGUAACAAGAUGGCCUAUACGAAACUCUUCCCCACAGUCCUCUUCCUCAAAUCAAUUCAAUGUCUGGAUGUUCAGUGUUGGGCAUGGAAUGACUUCCUACCCUACGCCACCAGUGGUGCCACCAUCAUGGUGACUGAUCUGCCAGAGAUGGAAUGCGAUGCUUCCACCUGGUCUUCGAUCACACAAGAUUUGGAGAAGUUUGGCAACGUCCAAUGUGACAAAUGCUUCAUCCUUCCUGAAAACUGCACGGCGUUUUUAACCAUGACGGCCAAAAAUAUGGUAUACCUGAUUGAGGCACUGGUGAUGGGAGCCUCCUUGAACUCCAAAACUGUCCGCUGUCACCUUCUGAAGGAGAACGCCCUUGAAUCUCCGAUCACCUUCUAUAAACAUCUUCUGCGCUGGAGUGAAAAGCUUUAUGAUGAGUCUACAUUGGAGUACAGACUGAUGUUCAUCAGCAACAUUCACGACCAAUGGAUGAAUAAAAUCUGUACAGGCCUCCAGAAGAACAGAGGAGUCAAGCUCUUCCUGCCGCUGAUUGGCAAGAUAUUUGUAGAAUUUGUCACAGUGAAGGAUGCAGACCGAUUCGGUGUCUGGCUGGCCGAAUCCCCGCUGGCAUGGGAAAUCCAUUUCUCGUGUCCUGCACACCGGACGGUGAACGGACCAGAAGACCUUGAGUGGGCGGAGACCAAUUUGACUACGCAGAGCGUCAUGGUGACAGGGCUGGCGUUCGGCACGUACCGCCACAUGGACCUCGUGGAUGAGGUGUGGCCUUACUUCGUGGAGAAGGACAUCAGCCGUGUGUACUACUCCGUAGUGAUACUACCUCGGCAGAGAAGGGCCUUCAUCCACUUUGACGACGCUUUGAAGUGUAAGGAGUUUGUGUCAGAUUUCCUCCACAAGCCGUUCACUAUAGGAAGAUCUGACCUCACCCUCCACUUCCUCCUGGACCAUGUUAAGCCCUGCACCUCAGAGCUGCAAUUGUACAACAGACUGCUGGGAUGGACCAAUGUGGAUUCUAAGGGGGCUGGUCACCAGGAGCAGCUGAUACUGAAGGAGAUGGAUUACUGCAGCAGGGAUGUGCUGAAGGGGAUCUUUCACCACAUGAUGAAGAACACCAAAUGGGUUAGCUGCCUAGUCCUCGCCAACCGGGUGGUUUUCCGACUCCGUGGGGAAACACCUGAUAUUGACAAGAGGACCAAAGUGUUAAAUAGGCUCAAUUAUAGAAAGGUGAAGGCUCAAGUUCAAUAUGGGACAAAUCGGGAGGUCGAACACAAAGUGUGGAAAUCGCUAAGCGAUUUCACGUCAAGCAUUCAGAAAAUAGAUGUCAGGACAGUGAUCAACAGUCCCCAGCAUGCAAAGUCUGGCAAAUCGCCACCGGACCCACCAGCGCCUGGCCCCUCAGCGCCUGGCCCCUCAGGUCCUGGCCCCUCAGGUCCUGCUCUCCUAAGCCCCGUGGCCCCUGAAGAACUCUGCGCCUCAAACCACGACCAGGACGGGCUCCCGGGCUCCGGCCCCCAGCCUCCAGCCCUGAGUCAGGAGAUGUACCUCUUCUUUGCUACGGCCAUCCACCAGCAUCACCAGGCCAGAGUCGGACAGGAAGUGAGACGAGGUGAACAGGAAGUGAGCCGAGGUGGUCAGGAAGGCAUCCAGAGAAAGCAGGUCUCAAUGGACUUCGACAAGACCACCUCCUCAUCUACGUCUAGUGGAUUGAAGUCCAACUCUUCAACGACAGCCCACUCCUCAUCCUUGUCUGGAGCCACAGUGUCCUCCUCCUCACAUCUCCCCAAGUCCUCCUCAUCUUCUUCAGAUCUCCACAAGUCCUCCUCAUCUUCUUCAGAUCUCCCCAUGUCCUCCUCUUCUCCUACUUCUUCUUCUCUCCCCCCUCCGGUCGGAGUAGUCCCUUCCUAUUCUGAACAGAACACACAACAGAGGAAGUGUGAAGAAUCUCCUGCCCAGGUGUCUGAGGCUUUUGACACGACACACACUCCAUCGCCUACCAGCCAGGAAGGGUCAUGCAUCACUACCACGAAGGAGGCGGAGUCUCUUUCUGCCUGUCCACUAAUCAGAAGGAAGGAGGUACUAAGUGAAGCAGCCAUGGUAUGUGAAGAGGACGUGGCGAGGCCUGGCCACAUGAUGGCAGCAGAGACCUCUGCAGUGAAAAGUGCAGCAUCACUGACAGGAAAGGAUGUCUUACACACUGAUCCAUGUCUAGAGGAAGAUGGGAAGAGAAAGGCCCAGCAAGAGUUAACUCUCACAGGAAAGGAUGUGGUCGUCUCUCCCAGCGAAGACAUGAAGGAGAACAGAGUAGAGGUGGAUGAAACACAAGAGCAGCUGGGUGAUGAAAAGACAAGCGACCAGAUGCUCCAUUCGAGGCCAGAGUGUGACGAGGAGACGCCUCACCAAACCCCGGUCCAGCCUGAGACACCAAGCCUCCCUGACCCUGAGAGCCAGACCUCUGAACGCCAAGAGGAGGAAAUGUUGGCCAAAGUCGCUGAUGAAGCUGAGCCAUUCCAGGAGGUCCCAGAGCACAAAGAGACUAUUUUGGAAGAGGGGAAGAUGACAAUUGUAGAAGAACAAAUACCUUCUGUGAAUGAAGAAACCCCAUCGGUAGUUUCGGAGGCAACUGAUGCAUCACUCAACGGUGCAUCGACUGAGGAAGGAGACACCAACAGGCUCAUGGACUGUGUUGAAGGAUCUCCUCCCAAAGAGGAGAAGCAGAAGACCAAGGAAACCCAAGAGGAGGAACAGAAGACCAAUGAGCAGAGCAUCAAGGAGGAUCAGACCAACAAGGAGAAGAACAGCAAGGAACCCCCAGAGAAGGAGCAGGGUAACAAGGAGCAGAGCAACGAGGCCCCCACUGAAGGGGGGGACAACAAGGGGCCCGCUGUAGAGGAGGGUGCCCCUGAGAUGGAUCAGCGACGAUCUAGGAGAGGUCACCCCAGUCCAGUGCCGCCAUCGACCAAGCCGCUGUCCACCAGACACUCCACCAGGCACUCCACCCCCUCCAUGAAGAGGGAAAUCCCUGGGGUACUACCAGUGGAGAAGGCUGUCUCUGUAGAAGUGGAAGCCUCCUCCUCCCCUCGGGGAGGUGAAAGCCCUUCCUCCGGGGCCCCCCUCCCCCAAGGUCACCCCCAUCCAAAGGAAGAAGAGGUAGAAUACCAGGUGACGGACUCUGUGGAAGGUGGGGUGAUCGAGGGAGUCCAGCUCCCCACCAGGGGCAAGAGGGGAAGGCCAACCAAACAGACGGCCAAGAACGUCCGGGUGAAGAAGGAGCAGCCCACUGCCCCGGUAGCAGAGGAGUCCGGCAAGAAGCCAGAGGAACCGUUGGAAAACCAGGCCGGUCCAACCAGGAAAGAGACCAAACCCCAGGAGGCCCCAGAAGAGAAGUCGAGAGGCAAAGAGGAUGGUGCAGAAGAAAGCCAAAUGGCCGACAUAGUGACCCCAAGCAACGCCAAACCAAGGGUCUCCGACGAAGGGGUCAGUUUGGAGGAGGUGGCUACAUACCAGGUACUGGACUCUGUGGAGGACGAGGAGCUGGAGGUGAAGGAGGGGCCACCCGUGACGAGGGGCACUAGGGGCAGAGGAAGGAAGGCCAAAACCCCUACGAGGAAGGAGUGCAAGCGGAGUCUAGAGGAAACCGUGUUUGAGGUGUUGGAUUCCAUCGGGGGCGACGUGUUGGAAGACGCGCCAGCGCCAGAACAACCAGGACGACCCCGACGGGGGCUAGCGAACAAAGACCCAACGCCUGAAAAAGAUGGAAAGGUAGUACCUGACGACACUCCUGAAGGAACGCACGGCAAGCAGGAGCAAGUCAAGAAGGAAGAGGAGGUGGCCCGUCAAUUCAUGGAGGAGCCACAAGGUGACGAGCAGCCUGCUGCCGGAAAGAGAAGGAGUGGACGAGGUAGGAAAGAGGAGGUGGCGGUCUCUGGGACCUCCAAAAUGGCCGCCAAAGAAGGUCAACAGAGGGUGAAGGAGGAGGAGGUGUACCAGGUGGUGGACUCCACCGAAAACGACCCCCAUGAGGAGGAGCACGUCGACCCCCCCGGUCCAAGGAGAAGGAGCAAACGAAGGGACCCAGCACCGACUGUGACCAGAGCCCCCAGAAGGCCUGCUUACUCCACCCAGGGGGAGGAGCCUCUGUACCAGGUGGUGGACUCAGUGGGGGGCGAGGAGGAACCGGCUCCAGUGGAGGAACAGCCGCCAGGGUUAGAGCCUAGGAGGGGGGAGAGAGGUCGUAAGGUCGCGGGGAGCGACUCCGCGACAGAAGACAAAGCGGCAAAGAAGAUGAAAACCACAGAGCAAACCGUAAUGCCCAAAGUAAACGAGGGUGUGGGAGCAAAGAAGGCGAUGGACGGAAGGAAGGAGAGCCAGGAGCAGGAGGAGAACGCUCUGGUGAGUCUGGAUGAGGUCAGUGAGGAAGAGGAGGACUACCCCGACGAUUCAGUUGAGGAGGAAGAGCUGAGGAAGAGGCAGACUGUCGAAGAGAGGCGGAGAGAGGAGGAGGAGAGGAAGCUGGGAGAAGGAAUGGAGGGGCUGGUGACCCUAGAUGAGGUUGGAGAGGAGGAGGUGGAUGAGGAAGAGGUUGGUCCUGGAGGAGAGGAAGAGAGUGGAAGAAGAGCGGGGGGGAUCACACAAGAAGAACUGCAGGCGUUGGUCACUCUGGACGAGAUUGUUGAGGAGGAACAGGAAGAGGAGGAGUCAACACAUUCAGAGCCCCUUCCAGACGACGAAUCAGAGGCCAGGUUGAAUACUGAGACGGUCUGUGAUGAAGAGCCAGCGUCUUCCUCAAUCGUGGGUGAAUGUAAACAAAGUGAGGAGCAAGCAGAGGAGUGUGUGAGCUUCGUGACCUUGGACGAGGUGGGAUACGAGGAGGAGGAGGAGACACAGCCACGCAGCAAAAGAGGUAGACAGGCUACAGAGAGGAAAUGCACCAGGAGAGAACAGCAGCAACAACAACAACAACGACAACCACCAAUGGCUAAACCCUCUGGAGAGGAAUCCCCGCCCAUCCCGGCUCACGCUACCUCCCUAUUGGCCGGCGAGCCCGGGGCUGUUUUGAGCGUCAAAGGAGCAGAGCCAAUGGCAGAAAGCCCCGCCCAGGAUGGUGAAGAGACGGGGUCUGAGGAGACGAGGCUUCUGAGGAAAGCGUCCAGUAAAGCGAGGAGGGAGGAGGAAGGGUUGGAGCCUAAGAAAGUCCGCUCUAACUCUCCCUCCGUUGCCAAUGACUACACCCUGCCCGCCUUCAACCCCAACAACCCCCUUGGGUCGGAGCAUGUGGUUCCUGGGUUCUACUGUAAUCUGUGUUCUGUGUUCUACAAAAACGAGACCAGCGCCAGGACACUCCACUGCAGCCGCUUGGGUCACUACAACAACCUGAAGAAGUAUUACCAGGGUCUCCAAGAGGAACAAUCCAGGAGCGAAUCAGGAGGUCCUACUCCUGGCGACGCCCCCAAAUGACUCUAGCCCCGCCCACAAACAAACAACCGUCUUUUCAUUGGUUUCACCGGAAUAUGGGGGAGCCUCGUCUACGUUGUUCCAUCAUUUUUUAUAUCGUUUGGAGUGUGUGACGAAGGAGAUGAGUUUGUUUGGCGUCAAAACAAAAGGACGAUGUGUACUCUGACCGUUCAGAGUACAGAAGAACAGAGGUCUGCACUUCCGAGGUCGUUAUUAGACGAAGAGUUCACGAUGGAGUAGACUGCGCUGGUCUUACUUUUUACUACUUUUUACAGGAGUCAUCAUGGUGUGACCGCUUUAUUAAAGUUCUCUAUGUAUCAAACUAUUUUAUGUUUAAUGAUUUCAUAUAACAAUGUUAAAUAAAAGUCAAAAAAAAUUUAA